GGAGUUUCCAUGACAACCUAGGAUGGAGGCGCCAGGCUCCCCGUCCUCAUUGGUCAGAGGGACCCCUGACCGCAGGGAUCCCAAGGCUUGACCCCUGGUGGGGGAUGCCCCCCCCCAGGUCCGACCACGUGGACGGAAGAUGCUGCAGACGAGCAAUUACAGCCUGGUGCUGUGCCUGCAACUGGUGCUGCUCCUGUAUGACCUCUUGGUGAACGCCUUCUCGGAGCUGCUGCGGUCAGCGCCUGUGGUCCAGCUGGUGCUCUUCAUCAUCCAAGACAUUGCCAUCCUCUUCAAUGUGAUCAUCAUUUUCCUCAUGUUCUUCAACACCUUCGUGUUCCAGGCUGGGCUGAUUAACCUCCUCUUCCGGAAGUUCAAAGGGACCAUCAUCCUGACGGCCUUCUACUUGUCUCUCAGCAUACCCCUCCAUGUCUGGGUCCUGAACCUGCGCUGGAAAGACUCCAAACAUUACGUGUGGACAGAUGGCCUUCAGACCCUAUUUGUGUUUCAGAGACUGGCUGCCGUUCUCUAUUGCUACUUCUACAAGAGGACAGCCAUCCGCCUGGGUGAUCCUCGAUUCUACCAGGACUCUCUGUGGCUGCGCAAAGAAUUCACCCAAGUCCGAAGCUGACCUCUCCUGUCAGAAGCUGGAUCCCCACAGCUGCCUGACUCCAUGCAGCCACACCGGGAGCCUUGGCUCAGGGCCCUGCCUGGUGAAUCCCUCAGGAGCCCUUAGGUGGAAUCAGAACUCACCCCUCCAUUCCUCAGCUGCUCCCUAACUAGCUCUCAUCGUCAGCCCCCAGUCACAGUUCUUCAUACAGCUUCCCCGGAGCAGCCCGUCUCCCCUAUUUCCUUCCUGGAAUGAGCCUACAAGCUUUUACAAAAGCUUCUGACAGUGCUCACCCAACUUCUGACCCCCAGUGGGCCCAGGUGUGCAAGGACAGUGUUGGCACUCCCGACCAGGCACACUUAGAGCCUUGGGGCUUGGAGGUUUUCCAUCCUAGGGUUCUUUUGUAUGUUGUUUUUUAAAAUAGGAAAUAAAUGUACUCUUUUUGCCAUAAA